GCUCUCGGGAUGCAUAGGCGUUCCGCAGGCUCCCGAUGGUUUAUUGUUUUAUUAGUUACCUUGCUCAUCUUUUUCGAACCCAAAUGAUGAAGUAAAACCGGUUCUGUUCCUUAUUUUGGCGUAAGGAGUCGCAGCCUGGCAGCAUGGCUGGCUGGACACUGAAGCUCAAGUGGUCAGAUCACCUGAACUCUGCCUGGCUGGCUGAGCGGCCAGAGGAGCUGUGCCAGCGUGAUGUCACUGAGCAGCUGUAUACCCGGCUGCUGGAGACCAAGGAGGUGGUGCCGCAGCACGACUCGUUCCCCAUGCUGCCGGGCGCCAAGCUGCCGGACUUCGAGUCGGACAGCGGCGCGGCCGGCGCCGACCACGAGGCGUUCGUCAACAGCCUGCUGACGCUGCAGCUGAGCCUGGCCGCCGCCGAGGUGGCCGAGGCGCCGUUCUCGGCGGUGCUCCGCCGCCGGCUGGUCGUCCUGCGACGCAUUUUCCACGCGCUCUCUGCCAAAUAUCACGAUGCCGGCCAGGCGGGCUCGCUGGCGCAGAGUCGCCGCGGCUCAGAGCGGGCCGGCGCCGAGGGCGAGGCUGAUGACAGCGGCGGCUGCGGCGGCGGCGGCGGACACUCGGCCCUCAUCGCCAUGAGCGUCAAGACCGGGCUGACGCUGGUCUUCGCGCUUCUCCGCCAGAGCUGGGCACAGCAGAGCGGUGCCGCGAUCGGCACCGACGUGCUGCAGACGGCGCUGGACACAGUGGGCGCGCUGCCGCCGCUCUCGCUGGCCAGCGACGCCAAGCUCUCCCCGAUCGGACGGCAGAGCCUGGCUGAUGUUUCGCGCUUCCUCCGCUCCGUGGCGCUGCCGUCGUCCACCGCCGACGCCCAGGGCCGGCUGCUGGCCUCCCAGCUGCUGCUGGGCCUGGCUGUUCAGCGGGGCUCGCUUCGUCACCUGCUGGACUGGCUGGACAUGGCGUUGGCCGCCUCCACCGAGGCCGCCCCGCGGCCCGACGUCAGCCGGCCGGUGCUCUCGGCCGAGUACCUGGGCCGCAUGCUGCGCGUGCUGGGCGGCCGAGACACGACCGGCGACGCCGGCCACCUCAGCGCCGCGGUCUGA